AUGGCUUCGCUAAUCUGCCCGCUCUGUUACAACCUCAACCCCGUCCGCCAUCGCAAGUUAGCCGAAGACAGUUGCUCCUACGGGCAGCAGGCGCGGCACUGGAUGAAAGCGGCCGAGUUACGCGCGUCUGCCCGGGGGACCGGCGGGACCAGGCAUUCGGGCACCUACCGGGCAUUCAAGCGGCCGUGCGACAAGUGCGGUCUCCUGAGGGACGCCGUGGAAACCUUUCUGCACGAGAGCGGACUGGCCGCCCAAAGAUGUGCGUCUAGGGAGGAGUGCGGCGCCGUGAAAUAUUUGGUCGCCGUCGACGAGCCGGAAGAGGGCGCCGACGACGAAGACGACGACGACGAGGGAGCGGGCUCGUUCGACGGCGAAGAGAUCUCAGACGAAGAUGACACCGACGGAUAUACAGAUACCAGUGAUGACGACGCUCGAUCCGGGUCUGCGCAGGGGGGUUCGGAUGGCGACUGGGCCGAUUCGGACGACGAGGAGGAAUCGGGCGCCGGGGGUGCGAACGCCCCGGCGGCGGCUGCGCGUGCCCUGGAGACCCUCAGGCUAGUCGUGAAAUGCAAUCUUGAUCCGCCGAAAACGAAGGGCGAGUACGAAUCGUUUGAAGAACUCGGGAUAGAGGUGUUCGCGGCUGUCGGAGGAAACAUUCCUCCUUCGUUUUCCUGGCUAAAGAGUGCUGGGGAAGUUCCCGUAAAUCCCUCGCUGCAGGAGUACGCUUCUACCAUAACCGCCUGGGUCCGGGAGUGCGGCGAGCACCACCAUAACUGCAACACUAUCGCGCGUGCCGGCGUCCCCAAGCCGCUUCCCCGGCGCGUCCUCGACCUGGCCGAGAACAAAAUCGUGCUCAUCGAGACCGGAUACAAGGAGGGCGUUUACGUAGCACUCAGCCACUGCUGGGGGAAGGAGCAGAUGCUGGUCACGACGAGGGGGACUAUCGACGACAGGAUGAAGGGGAUUUCUCUGGAUGACAUGCCGCGGACCUUCCGAGACGCCGUCCAACUCACGAGGGCGCUCAACCUCCGGUAUAUCUGGAUCGAUUCGCUGUGUAUAAUCCAGGACGACAUAGACGGUAAGGAUUGGGUCGAGCAGUCGGCGGCCAUGGCCGACAUAUACGCAAAUUGCCACCUGAACAUCGCCACUACGAGAUCGCCUAACGGCGCCGAGGGGUUCGUCCAUCCUCGGUGGACAUCGCGUAAUUCAUUGGAAUAUGCAGAGCGCUUUGCGGCGGAGGUAGGCUCGGUCAUCGACGAUAAUGACGAUGACGAUGAUGACGAUGAAGGCGGGGCUAGAAGCAAGGGCGAGGAGCAUAUUUCCAAGAUUAGGAAAUGCGACGUCAAGUCCUUCGUCGUCUCCAACAGAGACAACGCGCAGCUCUACGGUAGCUCGAUCAAGGUGCGUCUGACGUUGAACUCGUCCCACGAGGCCAUGCAGACAUUUAGGUGGAUCAAUAGCCACCAGGAGACUGCGCCGUUGAUCCAGCGAGGAUGGGUGUUUCAGGAGAGACACCUGUCGCCACGGACCGUCCACUUCCACGCCAACGAGAUGAUGUGGGACUGCAUCGACAAGCAGCGCUGCGAAUGUCUCGCCCUGGAUGACAGGGAAAUCGGCGGCGACGGCUGGAGCGCCUCCAAGAGCCGUAUCUCGACCCUCGGAACGCUCGAGGACUGGCAGCUUCGCGGGCUCUGGAGGACCGUGGUAGAAGACUACUGCUUGUUAAACCUCACCGUAGAGACAGAUCGGCUCCCGGCCCUCGGCGGACUCGCUCAGAAGUUCUCCAAGCAUAUGCCGGAGAUCGGCGGGGUGAAAGAUGAAUAUAUGGCCGGCAUGUGGAGGAACAGUCUCGCCAGGGAUCUCCUCUGGAAGGUCAAAUCGCAACCGAAAGAGAACUCGAGAAAGCGGCCAGGGAAAGGCCCUCCUUCCUGGUCUUGGGUCUCGCUGCAACACGGCGGAGAGAGGUCUGGCAUCGACUGGGAGUGGGAGACGAAGCCGAGACUCGUGUCGUGGAGCGAGAUUUUCACCUACAAGCCAGACAAACGGUUUUCCAUCCUCGAGGCCUCGUGCGAGCUGGAGCACAAGGAGGCGCCGUUCGGCCGCAUCCUCGGUGGGAGGAUCGUGGCCAAGGGGGCGAUGUGCGCCGUCUCCGUGAGCGAGAAGAAGAAGAAGAAGAAGAAGAAGACGUCAGCCGGCGGCCUGCCUCCGUGGGCGUCCAGGCUUCCCAUCCGGACCGAGAGCGCGCUCAACACGCUGCAUCUCAACUUCGACGACAAGGGCGACGCCGAAGAGGCCGCCGAUGCCGGCGGCCCAACCGGCGGGUUCGUGUUCUGCCUCUUUGUCGGCACCCUCUUCUCUCAUUUUAACCACGGCGCCAAGAGCACGCACGCCGAGCAUCGGGGGCUGAUCCUCAAGCCGUCCGCCACGGCACCGGGCAUUGCGGAGCGCAUCGGCUCCUGGACCCAAUACAUCCAGCACUAUACGGAAGAGAAGGAUUUAUUCACAAAGACCGCCCCCAUGGUCGUCGUUACUAUCGUCUGA